AUGACCGACAUGCUGCCAUCUGCCUCAUGUCCUUUCUGCCGAAUUGCAGCAGCGUAUCCUCCAAUUCCACCGUUGACGUUUUCUCAGCACAAGCAGGAAAUCACAGGUGGAGCCGUUUUCUCGACAGAUACUACACAGGAGACGCAUGCGCAUCUAGUCCUGUCGACUACGUCCGUUUUAGCAUUCUUAGAUAUUAUGCCCUUGACUAGGGGCCAUGUUUUAGUCGUUACGAGAGAUCAUUACGAGAAGUUGGGAGAUAUGGGUGUAGAGGUUAGCCGGGAGUGGCUGCCUGUCAUCUCACGAGUUGUAAUGAAGACCAUCUUUGGCACAGACCAGGAGUCGGACUGGAGCUGGAACGUGGUGCAGAAUAACGGCAUCGGGGCAGCACAGCAAGUGCCUCACGUCCACUUCCAUGUGAUUCCCCGCCCUCCGUUGGAUGCGGCACCCACCGCGGCCAAGAUGAGUUUCGUCAUGUUUGGACGCGGGCAGAGGGAUGAGCUAGACGAUGAGGAAGGGGAGACUCUGGCUAAAGCGCUGAGGGAGGAGUUGGCUAGCGAAGUUUGGCGUGUAAGAGAGAGGGAACGGGUGGAUUUAGACGUGGAUUCUGCGUGUGUGCGCUACCAGAGGACGAAGGGGAAGCUGUAG